AUGCAGCAAGUAUCCUCCUCUGGGAACUUGAAGAGGGUUUUGUCCCCCGCUGCCCAGAUGUCUGACAACGAUGAUUCCGAUAUCGUGGCCAACAAAAAAGGCACUUUGCCAAUGAUCCCUCCCACGUUUAAUCUGGACCGUCGAACGCGUACAUUCAAGGAAAAGUAUAUUGACCCAAACGUCGGCCUUAUUCUCCUCGUGGUCUCGUAUUUUUUCAGCUCUUCGAUGGUUGUGUCAACUAAAGUAUUGGAAACGGACCCUGGAUCGGAAACGAAGAUUCAACCGCUGCAGAUAUUGGCAGUACGGAUGUCGAUCACGUACCUUGGCUGCCUCCUCUAUAUGUACAUUAACCGGAACACGAUACCAGAUGUGCCCUUUGGUGAGCGUUCCGUGCGGAAGUGGCUGAUUUUAAGAGGAUGCAUGGGGUUCUUCUCCGUGUUUGGGACGUACUUUUCUCUGAUGUACCUGUCCAUCAGCGACUCCACUCUGAUUAUGUUUCUUGAGCCCAGUUUAAUAAUCGUGAUGGCGUGGUUGUUUCUCAAUGAGAGAAUCCAAAGGAUGGAGAUCGUGGGCUGUGUGGUUUCCCUCAUUGGUGUCGUAUUGAUAGUGAGACCACCGUUCCUUUUUGGACCAGCGACUUUCGACCCUGACUCGGAUCAAUCUGUGGAGAGCCGUAACCCGCGGGAACGGUUGCUAGCGACGCUAGUGGCCGUUUGGGGCACCGUCGGUAUGGGCAGUGUGUACAUCAUUAUAAGGCACAUUGGGGACCGAGCGCAUGCGAUCAUGAACGUUAGUUAUUUCUCUCUGGUGACCUUUGUUGUGUCUAUUGUUGGGAUCCUCGUGAUCCCCUCGAUGCGGUUCCAAAUCCCUCAUACGUGGAAGGAGUGGAUACUUUUCGCUAACCUUGGGGUGUCCGGUUUCUACCAUCAGUUUCUAUUGACGUUGGGUAUCCAACGGGAGCGUGCGGGGAGAGGCUCACUGAUAACGUACACUUUGCUAGUGUACGCUCUGUUCUGGGAUAUUUUCUUGUACCAUCACUUCCCGCCGCUGUGGUCGUGGUGUGGGAUGUUUCUGAUUGUGGGGAGCACCGUGUACGUCGUGAAGAUGAAGAUGGAUGAUGCGGAACAGGACGGCACGGGGGAGGCCCUGGAGAUGACCCGCAUGACGAGCAGUUAG